GAGCUUGUUUGUCUACCUCAUAAUCUCAGAAACCCCAUGAAUGUAUGGGAGAGAAAGUUGCUAACUAACCCCCUUCUCUUUCUCUCUCUUCACAUGCACAAUUCGCCACUGCAGUCAUCUUUUGAAUAGCUCCAACCUCCAAUCCUCGCUAAUUAACUUCCAAUGCUACUAUUCCCCUCCAAAUCAAACGUCUAGCAGGCCUAGAUUGAAGUGUGUUUAUUCAUCAAAGCAAAAUGAAAUUAAGAUCAAAUAAAGGGUGGAAGUCCAUAGUGCCACUCCGUUUGACUGAAAAAUCAGCCCGGCAUUUUUGUUUCUUUUCGAAAGUGAAGUCAGAUAAUGAUAGUUCCGAAAGCACUCCGGUGUAUCUGAACGUAUAUGACUUGACACCCAUGAAUGGUUAUGUCUAUUGGGCUGGCCUAGGUAUAUUUCACUCUGGGGUCGAAGUCCAUGGCAUAGAAUAUGCAUUUGGAGCUCAUGAUUAUUCAUCUAGUGGUGUCUUUGAGGUCGAACCUCGCCAGUGCCCUGGAUUUAAAUUUCGGAAGUCCAUAUUCGUUGGUACUACAUCAUUGGAUGCAACUCAAAUUAGGGAGUUUAUGGAACGUCAAGCUGCAAAUUACAAUGGCGAUACGUAUCACUUGAUUGUAAAGAAUUGCAACCAUUUCUGCAAGGACACUUGUUACAAGUUAACAGGAAAAAGAAUCCCAAAAUGGGUAAAUCGUCUGGCCAAGUUAGGUUCAAUCUUCAACUGUGUUUUACCCGAGGCCCUUAAAAUUACUGCUGUGCAACAUGAGCCAAAAUUCCAACCGAACAACAAUAGUGAGAAAACAAGGCUUAGAAGCACUUUCAGCUGUCUUUCCUCAAUUUCAUCAAGGCAAAAGCAGUUGUCCACUUCGUCUUUGCUACUACAAUCCCCCUUGAAAGGAUGCCUACGACCAUGGGAACUAAGAAGGUCUGCUAAUGGCUCACUCAAGGAAAGGUAAGAGGAAAGGUCUACUUAGAAAUGUCUUGGUGGGAAUAUCCAAGUGGUUUCUUGGGAUUCUUUUGUUAUCUGUAUUGCAGUUGAGCAAAAUAGCGUUUUUGUGCACAAAUCAUGAAGCAUUCAUUCGUCUCCCUCUUGGUUAUUCUUUUCGUCAUUGUAGAUGUGUCUUGUCUAUGUCAAUAUAGUAUAGUGAUUGAUGUAAAUCAACUAAUCCCAUGUCAAGUGUGGAGUAUUGUCGUGUGUGGGCACGAUGUUUGAUCA